CAAGGCAGGACGACUGUCACUGAGAUUACAGCACAUUGAUUGGGAAUAUGUGCUCCUGUAACCUGUAAGGACCAGGUUUAGUUAUUAUAAACUGCAGUAUAUUGUGAGAAGAGGAAGCAUUGACUCAGGGUUUUCUGGCCGCUGGGUGUUCUGCACAUGUCCAGUCCCUGCAGCGAAAUGGAGAAAUGGAUUAUGGAUUGAUAAAGAAUCUGAAACUCUGUCACCUUCUGGUGCUGCUAUGGAUCUUUGUACCUUUAACAUCUGGUCAAUCCCUGCCUCUUCCAAAAGCUCAACAAACCCUAUAUGUUGAUAUGACAACAAAAGGAGUGCUGGGACGUUCUGUGCAGCUUUCAUGUGGAGAAACUCUGCCAAACAUCUAUAUAUGGAGUUUCACCACACCAGACACUGGCAGUCUGCAAGCUGUACUGUUUGGCACACAAGGAGUGAAUGUGUUGGACAGUAAGACAUCACAGUAUGGUAAAAUUGGCUUCAUAGCUGAGAAUGCAUCAUUGACCAUCAAUAACCUGCAGCUUCAGGCCAUGGGACGAUUUACCUGCCAGGCCUUCAAUAUGAUGAAUGACAGUCUGACUCUCAUCUACUUCAACACUGACUUGACUGUCUUAGUUCCAGUGGCAAAACCUGAGGUCAGGAUGAGUCGCUCAUCUCCAGAAGAGGGAACACCAGUAACUGUGCAGUGUCUUUUGAAGGCUGGGACCCCACCAAUCAAUUAUAUGUGGACUCAAGAGGCUACACUAUCAGGUCUCACUGUCAUUCUUACAGAGGAUAGUAACCUGGUUAACGUGACCUCUGUCCACCGUAACCAUACUGGACGGUACAUUUGUAAGGUCAGCAAUGAAGUCAACGAGGAAAGCAGUGAUGGAGUCUGGAUGAAUGUCACAUAUGGACCUGACGAACCAGUUAUCACCAUCUUCCCACUUUCCAUCACAGAGAGAGGCUUCACAGCAAAUGAAGAGGACACCAUCUCAUUGAUUUGUCAGGCAGCGUCAAAUCCACCAAGCUCCUACUUUUGGCUCUACAACAACUCCCAGGUCUCUGUUGGGCAAACAUAUCAAAUCUCUAAGAUUUCCAGACGUCAGACAGGUAGCUACACUUGCCAGGCCGAGAACAGGCACCUUAACACACGUGCUCAAACAUCCAUAUCUCUCACCGUCUACUAUCUUCCUGAUGGAAAACCUACUUGCAAGGUGAUUGCAGCUAAUGCUUACAAGGACCUUUCUCUGUGGUGUUCAUGGGAUGGAGGUCUUCCUCCUGCCACACUCCGAUGGGUCAGCAUCAGUCAUCAAGAUAAUGGCACAACUGCACUCUCCAAUGUUACUGCAAUAAAAAUUGGUGUGAACACCCCCAGCAGAAGCACCUUCACUUGCCUAUCUUCACAUCCUGCACUGCCUGUGGACCAUAUCUGCAAAGUCACAGCGUAUCUGCCUCCUGAGAAUAUUAGUUGCUUUGCCAUUUCUAGCAAAGAUAAUGACUUCAUCAUGUUAUCCUGCAACUGGGAGGAAGCAAUGCCUCCUGCAAUGCUCUGGUGGGAUACUUGGGAUGGCGUAAUGCUUGGCAGCACAGAGGAGUCGGUCAACAUGGUCGUUCUAAAGUCUAACACCAGCUACAGUGGCAAAGAAUUCACUUGUAGUGCUCUUCAUCCGCAGAGUGCAGAAAAGAAGCAAUGCCAAUUACGACUGGAGUCACCAACCCUGCUGUCACCCAGAAGUGAGGUUACUGUCUUGGAAAUGAGUGAAAUCAACUUGACCUGUACCCUUUCUUCAUCCUACCCUGCUUCUGACAUCAUCUGGUAUGACAACAAAAAUAAACCGCUUCAGACUGAUCUCCAAAAAUAUGUCAUUUACCACAUAGAUCGCUGGUCCAAUUUAACCAUCAAAGAAAAUGUUGCCGAAGCUGACAGUGGAAAAUAUCGGUGCUCAGCAACAAAUGCAGUAGGCAGUGCCUCCGUUUGGAUUUCACUAAAUGUUUACAAGUAUCCGCCCCCUCCAAAUGUGACCAUCAGUAAAAUCUUAUACAGCCGUCAAAGGACAGAUGUCUUUCUGGAAUGGAUGACCCUGGGCAAAGAAGAAAUGACAGAAUUCAUAGUGCAGAGGCAGGAAAGGCCUGCAGCCAGCAUAACCCCAGAGUCUGACACAAUGAGCAAGUCUGGCACUUGGGAAACAGUUGCCAGCAAAAUUAAGCCUAACAUUAGAGGACAAAAACUAAGUGGUGUGGACUCUACUGUCUUAUAUGCAUUCCGAAUUGUAGCUGUCAAUCACAAUACCAGGGGUUACCCAUCUGAAUGGAAAACACCAGCGGACCCUCCUUUUACUGCCUAUACAGCCAUCAUUGGUGCUGCUCUGGGUGGUAUGCUAGUUGCAGCUGUCGCCAUACUGCUGGUAUUUCAGUACAUCAGACGGAACCCAGAAAGAAAUCCGUGGUUACACAAUAUACUCUUCAGAGUACAACCAGACGAAUCAAGAGAGAAUAUUAGCAUACCAGAAGAUGCAGAAGCUGCAGCUGAUUCAGAUACAGGGAUUGUGGCAAGUACAGACACAACUACACAGGCAGCACAACCUGCAACAGGGUCCACUGCUCCAGUGACCACUGCUGCUGCUGCCCUCUCUCAGCUGUCAUCAUUGUCACCUCCUGGAGAUGAGCCAGUCAAUGUAACCAUAACUGUAACUGCAACACCCUGACUGUUGAGUGAAAUGUAUCCCUUGGGCUCCGAGCAGACUGGUGCACCUAUGAGUCCAAUCUGAUCUGCUGUGUAAGGAUUGCAAUCAUAUAUUUUCUUAUGUGUAAUCAGCUUCAGUCAAUCUUUUUUUCCAUCUGUCAUACAGUACACAUUUGGGCAACUUCUUAGGUAUUCAUCACCAUGCUCUGUUUCACUGAGUCUGUGGCAGCAAUGACACCCCCAUCACCAAAAGGGGUGGAAUAGGGUUUGAUCUUCUCAUAUUUUAAACAAAAAAGUGAAGCUAUGUCACUAUAAGCAAUGCCAUGUGACCUGGACUGACAAGGUUAUUAUGAAACAGACUUUGCCUUGCUCUUUUCUUUAGUCAGUACUGUAAUUUUCAAGGUCUGCAAAAAUUACUAAUGCAGUCACGUGUUGGGCAAAUGAUACACAAAGACAAUGGUUUGUUUCCAUGAUUAUCUGCUAAUGCAACACUUAGAUUCUUGCAGUAAUUUUUAAAUUACUUAAGUUGCAAUGCAUGAUAAUGAGGAAAAUGUCAAAAUAUAAUUAACAGGAGGUUUGCGAUAACCAAAGAUACUAUGCUUAGUCAUUUUCAGUUUCUUCACAAAAUUUUGAAGCAAAUAUAUCACAGAAUUUGAAGUGAUAGAUUUGAAGCAGCAAUUAAGAAAGGGAAUUCUGCUCUCUUUUUUGUCUCUGUGUCUACUUCCAUGCAUAUCCAUUUUCUGUCAGUCUGUCUCUCCUAGUUUUUACAAAAUAAGAACAAACAGCAUCCAUUCUCAUUUCAGGGCAUCUUGCAAUUUAUUCUGAUUUCUCAUAAAAUAAUAAUUUCUGAAUGUGCAAAAUAAUAAAACACAACUAAAGAUUUCAAGACAACUAAACAGCCAAAUCAGAGUUAUUAUAGCUACAAUUCCAUACAGAUGUACAUAUCUCUCUGUAUCACAUCUUUUCAACUUUUUGACUGUCUCUGGGUGCUACUAUCCUGUAGCUAUGUUUGCACAACAAGGCAGUUUGUGGUCAAGUGUGAUUCUAUUGCUAUUAGGACUAUAGAAAUCUCUGCAAUUAGUAAUAGGGAAAACUUGAUAUAAUGAGCUCAAGUUGCAAAACUAUCAAAUUCAACUUUAUUCAUUUAUUUUAUUUAUUUACAUUUGUUGACCAGGAGUGUCCGACUGGACGUAGGUCCAUUUUCAGCGGA